UUUCUCCUUCUAUAAACAGGAUACUCCUUAGCUUUCUUCUCAGUUAAGAAUUCCUCUCUCUCGUUCUCUUGAUCCGAUCGUCGAAGAGAAACCCUUCUCUGAUACCCCUAACUUUACCAUCUGAGAAUUUAUAUAUAUUCCUCCUUUGUAUCAGUCUUCUUCGUUACUCUCCGCUUACUCGAGGAUUGGAUAUUGAGAAGGAAAAAAAUUACAUAGAAGAUAAAAAGCCCUACUUUCAAUUUUUUUUCUGGUUUAAUCCGAGUUUCCUAUAUUGUUUCCGGCUUAAUUGGAACUCUAAUUCUGAUCGAUUAUUCGCUGAGAACUGAUCGUUCUUCUACCUUACCUCCCAUAUCAGCAAUGCUUUCCUGUGGUUAAUUCAAGAUGAAGUUGAAGAGAAGAAGAGUUUUAGAAGUGCCACCAAAAAUCAGAUCUUUUAUCAACAGCGUCACUGCUGUUCCACUUGAGAAUAUCGAAGAACCCUUAAAAGGGUUUGUCUGGGAGUAUGAUAAGGGAGAUUUUCAUCACUGGGUUGAUCUUUUCAAUCAUUUUGAUUCAUUCUUUGAGAAGCAUAUAAAAUCGAGGAAGGAUUUACUGUUAGAGGAUAACUUUUUGUCUGCUGAUCCUCCUUUUCCAAGGGAAGCUGUUCUGCAAAUUCUUCGUGUUAUUCGGAUCAUUUUGGAGAACUGUACAAACAAGCACUUCUACAGCUCUUACGAACAGCAUCUUUCAUCUCUUCUUGGUUCUACCGAUCCAGAUGUGGUUGAGGCUAGCCUACAAACUUUGGCCGCAUUCUUGAAGAAAACAAUUGGGAAGUGUUCCAUACGAGAUGUUUCUCUGAGUGCAAAGUUAUUUGCCUUUUCACAAGGUUGGGGAGGCAAGGAAGAAGGCCUUGGAUUAAUUGCGUGCUCUGUACAGAAUGGUUGCGACUCAUUUGCAUAUGAGUUAGGUAGCACCCUCCAUUUUGAGUUUUAUGCAGUUAAUGAUUUGUCAAAUGGACCUACAACCAGUGAACAAUCAACCCAAGGCCUACAAGUUAUUCAUUUGCCUAACAUUAACAGUCAUCAAGAGGGUGAUCUUGAGCUCCUGAAUAAGUUAGUGACAGAGUAUAAUGUACCUCCUAGUUUAAGAUUUUCACUUUUGACGAGAUUGCGCUUUGCAAGAGCUUUUGGUUCUUUAGCCUCUAGACAGCAGUAUAUAUGCAUUCGCUUAUAUUCCUUUGUAGUUCUUGUUCAAGCAGGCAAUGAUGCUGAUGACUUGACUGCUUUUUUUAACAAUGAACCCGAGUUCAUCAAUGAACUGGUAUCAUUAUUAAGUUAUGAAGAUGAAGUUCCUGAAAAGAUACGUAUUCUAGGUAUUCUAUCAUUGGUAGCUCUUUGCCAAGAUCGGUCCCGUCAACCAUCUGUACUUACUUCUGUGACAUCUGGUGGGCAUCGGGGAAUCUUACCCAGUCUUAUGCAGAAGGCCAUUGAUUCUAUUACCAGUGACUCCUCAAAAUGGUCUGUUGUAUUCGCAGAGGCUCUCUUAUCACUUGUCACUGCUUUGGUUUCAUCUUCUUCAGGUUGUUCGGCUCUGCGUGAAGCAGGAUUUAUACCAACUCUUCUUCCUCUUCUUAAAGAUACAGAUCCCCAACAUCUGCAUUUGGUCAGCACUGCAGUUCAUGUUCUUGAGGCUUUUAUGGACUACAGUAAUCCAGCUGCUGCGUUGUUCAGAGACUUGGGGGGUUUAGAUGAUGCUAUUGCACGCCUGAAAGUGGAAGUAUCCUAUGUAGAAAAGGGUUCAAAGAAACAUGGUGAAGACUCUCAAUGCAGUAAGAAAGGCAAAGAAGUCAUCCCAAGUACUUCGAAUGAUGUAGAUAAUAUGCAGCCCCUCUACUCUGAAGCUUUAGUUGCUUAUCAUCGGCGGUUGCUGAUGAAAGCUUUACUUCGUGCUAUAUCACUUGGAACUUAUGCCCCUGGAAGCACAUCUCGUAUUUAUGGUUCAGAGGAGAGUUUAUUGCCACACUGCUUAUGCAUUAUUUUUAGAAAAGCAAAGGAGUUCGGUGGUGGAGUGUUCUCGCUUGCAGCAACUGUGAUGAGUGAUCUUAUUCAUAAAGAUCCUACCUGUUUUCCUGUGUUAGAUGCGGCUGAUCUGCCUUCUGCCUUUUUAGAUGCUAUAAUGGGGGGCAUUCUUUGCUCUGCUGAAGCAGUGAGUUGCAUUCCACAAUGCUUGGAUGCCUUGUGCCUGAACAAUAGUGGCCUCCAAGCUGUGAAGGAUCGUAAUGCUUUGAGGUGCUUUGUGAGAGUAUUUACUGCUCGAACAUAUUUGCGUGCACUUACUGGUGAUACUCCAGGGUCCUUGUCUAGUGGACUAGAUGAGCUAAUGCGUCAUGCUUCCUCAUUGCGUGGGCCUGGAGUAGAGAUGUUGAUGGAGAUUUUAAAUACUAUUGUGAAGAUCGGAUCUGGAGUAGAAGCCCCUUCAUCGUCCACUGAUUCCAUCUGCUCCUCCACUCCUGUUCCUAUGGAAACUGAUGCAGAAGAGAAGAACUUGUCAUCUGAUGAUGGAGAGUCGUCCAAGAUGGAAUGUGUUGAGCAUACAACCGAGCCAUCUUCUGAUGGUUCUUUAGUGAAUAUUGAAUCUUUUCUUCCUGAAUGCAUAAGCAAUGCGGCUCGCCUUCUUGAAACAAUUCUUCAGAAUGCUGACACAUGCCGGAUCUUUAUUGAGAAGGAGGGUGUUGAAGCUGUUCUGCAGUUGUUUACUUUGCCGUUAAUGCCUCUUUCUGUAUCUGUUGGUCAGAGUAUAUCUAUUGCUUUUAAGAAUUUCUCACCCCAGCAUUCUGCUGCUCUGGCUCGUUCUGUAUGCACGUUCUUGCGGGAUCAUUUGAAAUUAACUGAUGAACUAUUAACAUCUGUUGGAGGGACUCAGCUUGUUGAGCUGGAAGCUGGAAAACUAACAAAGGUGUUGAGAUGUCUCUCUAGUCUAGAAGGUAUUCUGUCUGUUUCCAACUUUCUGUUGAAGGGGACUACUACUAUGGUAUCUGAAUUGGGUUCAGCGGAUACUGAUGUCUUGAAGGAUCUGGGAAAGGCGUACAGGGAAAUACUGUGGCAUAUUUCGUUGUGUAGUGACACCAAGGUGGAUGAGAAACGGGAUGCGGAUCAAGAAAGUGGUCAUACAGAUGUGGCAUUAUCUAAUGCUGCAGGAAGAGAAAGUGAUGAUGAUUCAAACCUCGUUCCACCUGUGAGAUACAGGAAUCCUGUUAAUAUAAGGAAUGGUUCUCAGUCGCACUGGAGUGGGGAACAUGAGUUUCUAUCAGUGGUUCGAAGCGGUGGAGGUUUACAUCGUCAUGGUAGACAGGGUUUGGCACGGUUGCGGGGUGGAAGGUCCAAUCGACAUCUGGAGAUUUCAACCAUUGAUUCAGAAGGUUCUGCAAAUGUAUCUGAGACUUCUUCUGCCCAAGAUGUUAAAAGGAAAAGUCCUGAUGUUAUGGUCAUGGAAAAUCUGAAUAAGCUUGCAUUUGCUAUGCGCUCUUUCUAUGCGACUCUUGUUAAGGGAUUUGCAUCUCCAAACCGUCGCAGAGCGGACUCUGGGUCACUGAGUUCUGCUUCUAAGAUCCUUGCAACUGCCCUGGCUAAAAUCUUCCAUGAGGCUCUUAGUUUCCCAGGGCAUUCUACAUCUGCUGGUCUUGAAACUUCAUUAUCAGUCAAGUGCCGGUAUCUAGGAAAGGUUGUGGAUGACAUGGCUGCGCUAAUAUUUGAUAGCAGAAGACGUACCUGCAAUACUGUCCUGGUAAAUAACUUUUAUGUACAGGGAACCUUCAAGGAGCUUUUGACCACAUUUGAGGCUACAAGCCAGUUGCUUUGGACACUUCCUUAUUCUAUUCCUCCGUCUGGUAAUGAUCAAGAAAAGGCAGUUGAAGGGAGCAAGUUGUCUCACAAUACAUGGUUGUUUGAUACAUUGCAGAAUUAUUGUCAAAUGCUUGAGUACUUUGUUAAUUCUUCUUUACUCUUGUCUCCAACAUCUGCAUCUCAGGCUCAGCUGCUUGUUCAGCCUGUUGCAGCAGGAUUGUCAAUUGGGUUAUUCCCUGUUCCGAGGGAUCCAGAAGUGUUUGUUCGUAUGUUACAGUCUCAGGUUCUGGAUGUGAUACUUCCUGUAUGGAACCAUCCCAUGUUCCCUAGUUGCAACCCGGCUUUCAUAACGUCAAUGGUUUCACUUGUUACUCUUAUAUACUCUGGCGUUGGAGAUGUAAAACGGGGUCGGAAUGGUGUUGGAGGAAGCACAAGUCAACGUUUCAUGGGUCCUCCUCCAGAUGAAGCUACCAUUGCUACUAUAGUUGAGAUGGGUUUUAGUAGGGCAAGAGCAGAGGAAGCGCUGAGACGGGUGGAAACAAAUAGUGUUGAGAUGGCUAUGGAGUGGUUGUUUAGUCAUGCUGAAGAUCCUGUGCAGGAGGAUGAUGAGCUGGCUAGGGCACUUGCAUUGUCACUGGGCAAUUCAUCAGAAACAACGAAAGAGGAUAGCUCUGAUAAGUCACGAGAUGUAUUGGAAGAAGAUAAAGGAGCUGAUCCACCUCCCAUCGAUGAUGUUCUUGCUGCAUCUAUGAGGUUGUUUCAGAGCAGUGAAUCAGUGGCCUUCCCAUUGACGGAUUUGCUUGUGACUCUUUGCCAUCGGAACAAAGGAGAAGAUUGUCCGAAGGUGGUGUCUUAUCUUAUUCAACAGUUGAAGCUUUGCCCAUCAGAUUUUUCAAGGGACACCAGUGCAUUGUGUACAAUAUCACAUAUUCUGGCCCUGCUUCUUUCUGAAGAUGGCAGUACACGAGAAAUUGGUGCAAAGAAUGGUCUUGUCUCCACUGCAAUAGAUAUAUUGAGAAAUUUCAAGGUGAAAAAUGACUCAGGAGAAGUGGUUCUUGCACCAAAAUGUAUUAGUGCAUUGCUGCUUAUCCUAGACAACAUGUUGCAGUCCAAACCCAGAGUUUCUUCUGAAAGUGCUGAAGGACUUGUCACAGAGUCUUUAGUUGACUCAUCUGGAGAGAAUGCUUCCUCAUUGCUGCCUACAGAUAAGAAACCUGCUUCAGAUGCUGAUGAAAAACAAUCUAGCAAUGCAUUUGAGAAGAUACUUGGGAAGUCUACUGGUUGUAUGACACUUGAUGAGUGUCACAGAGCCCUAGCAGUUUCAUGUGAGUUUAUAAAGCAGCAUGUUCCAGCUCUGGUUAUGCAAGCUGUUUUACAGUUAUGUGCUCGUUUAACAAAAACACAUGCUAUAGCUAUGCAAUUCCUUGAGAGUGGAGGCUUGGCUGCUCUUUUUAGUCUUCCAAGAAGUUGUUUCUUUCCGGGGUAUGACAGUGUGGCAUCCGUUAUUGUUCGGCAUCUCCUUGAGGAUCCACAGACCUUACAAACAGCUAUGGAGUUUGAGAUACGGCAGACACUGACUGGCAUCCUCAGCCGGCAUGCUGGUCGUCUUUCACCUAGAACAUUUUUGACAUCCAUGGCAUCUGUUAUAUCCAGAGACCCUGUGAUUUUUAUGAAAGCUGCAGCUGCUGUUUGUCAGUUGGAAUCUUCUGGAGGGAGGACUAAUGUUGUUUUAUCAAAGGAAAAAGAGAAGGACAAGGACAAAAUGAAAGCACCUGGUAUUGAGCUUGGGUCUUCUCAUGAGUGUGUUCGACUGCCUGAAAAUAAGCUUCAUGAUGGACCGGGUAAAUGUUCAAAAGGCCAUAAAAGGAUUCCUGCGAAUCUUACUCAAGUAAUUGACCAGCUUCUGGAAAUAAUAAUGAGUUACCCAUUGCCAAAGAAACAGGAAGAGUGUGUGAGCUCUUUAUCUCCUAUGGAGGUUGAUGAACCUGCUACCAGGGAGAAGGGAAAGUCAAAGGUUGAUGAGACGAAGAAAAUGGAAUCUGAUAACCUCUUGGAGAGGUCAGCAAUGCUAGCGAAGGUGACUUUCGUGCUUAAGUUGAUGAGUGAUAUUCUUCUCAUGUAUGUUCAUGCAGUUGGUGUUAUUUUGAGAAGAGAUAUGGAGACAUGCCAAAUCCGAGGAGCCAAUCAAGUAGAUGGACCUGGACAUGGUGGGAUACUGUAUCAUAUUUUGCAUCAGCUUCUUCCACUAUCAUCAGAUAAAAGCGCAGAGGCGACUGAAGAAUGGAGAGUCAAGUUGUCUGAAAAGGCUUCAUGGUUUUUGGUAGUUCUGUGCGGUCGUUCUGGUGAAGGGCGUAGACGAGUGAUUGGUGAAAUAGUGAGAGCAUUUUCUUCACUCUCAACCUCUGGUAGCAAUUCUUCCAACAUCUUUUUAGUGCCAAAUAGAAAGGUCUUGGCCUUUGCUGAUUUGGUUAAUUCCAUUUUGUCCAAAAAUUCAUCUUCCAGCAACUUGCCAGGUCCUGGUUGCUCACCAGACAUGGCAAAAACCAUGAUAGAUGGAGGAAUGGUCCAAUCUCUUACUGGUAUACUUCAGGUAAUUGACUUGGAUCAUCCUGAUGCUCCAAAAGUUGUAAAUCUUAUAGUCAAGGCCUUGGAGAGCUUAACAAGGGCUGCUAACGCUAGUGAGGAAGUUUACAAAUCAGAUGGGGCCAACAAGAAAAGGUCUACAGGCACAAAUGGAAGAACAGAAGAUCAGACAAAUACUUCUUCUUCCAGAGAAGCUGUGGAACAUGAUCAGAACAGGAACAGUCAAGAGGAAGCCAGAGAUACAACACAGACUGAACCACAGCAGCAGGGGACUUCUCAUAAUGCAGGGGAUCAUGAGGAGAAUCGAAACCAAACAAUGGAGCAUGAUAUGAGAAUUGAAGUGGAGGCUACGACCUCUAACCCCCCUAUGGGGCAUCGGGUGGAGUUCCCACAUGACGAGAUGGUGGAAGGUGGCGUCUUACGCAAUACGGAUGGAGUUGACAUGACUUUCCAAGUUGAACAUAGGACAGAUGAUGAUAUGGGUGAUGAAGAUGAUGAAGACAUGAGGGAUGAUGGUGAGGAUGACGAGGAAGACGAUGAUGAAGAUGAGGAGGAGGAUGAAGAUAUAGCGGAAGAGGGUGCUGCCUUGAUGUCUCUUGCUGAUACAGAUGUAGAGGACCAUGAUGAUAAUGGUCUAGGAGAUGAUUACAAUGAUGAUAUGAUUGAUGAUGAAGAAGAAGAUUUCCAUGAGAAUCGUGUUAUAGAAGUAAGGUGGAGGGAAGGUCUGGAUGGUUUAGAUCAUUUGCAGGUUCUUGGGCGACCUGGAGCUGUGAUUGAUGUUGCAUCUGAGCCCUUCCAAGGGGUUAAUGUUGAUGACAUAUUUGGUCUUCGCCGGUCCUCAGGUGCUGAACGCCGCCGUCAAAGUGGGAACAGGACUUUCCUUGAGCGAUCUGGUUUAGAUGGAGGUGGUUUCCAACAUCCACUUCUCCUAAGGCCAUACCAGUCCGGGGAUUCAUCUUCCUUAUGGUCUUCGAGUGGGAACUCAUCCAGAGAUUUAGAAGCUCUGUCAGCUGGAAGUUUUGAUGUAGCCCAUUUUUAUAUGUUUGAUGCUCCUGUUCUUCCAUCUGAACAUGGAUCAGCAACUCUCUUUGGUGACCGCUUGGUCGGUGCAGCUCCACCACCUUUGAUUGAUUUUUCGCUGGGUAUGGAUCCUUUACAUAUGGCAGGACGAAGAGGACCAGGUGAUGGUCGUUGGACUGAUGAUGGUCAGCCUCAGGCUGGUGGUCAAGCGGUUACCAUUGCACAGGCAGUGGAGGAACUGUUCAUUUCUCAGCUACGUAGUGUUGCUUCUGUGAACAGUCCUCCAGCUCAAAGGCAUUCUGAGAACUCAGGGCCACAUGACAAACAGCAAUCAGAUAUCCUAAUAAAUGUUGAUAGUCAACCACUGGUAGUGGGUGAUAAUGCAGUCAGCCAACCGAAUGAAGCUCAGCGUCAAGAAAUUGGGGCAGGAUCAGCACAUCAUCAAGAGAAUCCAGUGGCUGAAAGUGAUUCUUGUCUUCCUGAAUCAUCAAAUGGACAAGCCAAUGCAGAUGCUGCUGUGCAUGAAGCAGAUGAGGGUCUACUGGCACUGGGAUCUUUGUUAAGACAACCCAAUAUGUUGCUAAAUGGCAAUGAAAGUAUGGAAAUUGGGGAUUUUAGUGCUACUGCUGGACAGUCGGAGGUAAUCCCUGAGGUUGUUAUACUGUCCAAUGACUUGGGUGGUGAUCCCCAGAGUCAAAACGGAUUUUCCAUGCAUGCAAAUUCCCAAGAUGUGGAACUUCAAAGUGCAGGUUGUGAUGGACCUCUGAGAACAGAUAGUCAGUCCACUAACCAUACCGUGGUGGAUUCUUGUUCUCAAUUGCCUGAUGUAGGCGAUGGUCAUAUUUCUCCAGCUCACAUGAGUGCUGAUGUUGAUAUGGCUGGUGCAGACUUUGUCGACACUGAAAGGAAUCUAAUUGGGCACCACUUGCUUAUUUCUGAUGAUGGAGUGGAUGCAUCAGCUAUGCGAAGCCCUGUAGUUGCGCAAGAUGCAAAUAAUGGAGAUCAAGCCAGUAGUAAUAAUGAGGCAUCUAUUGCUAACAUUAUCGAUCCAACCUUCUUGGAGGCACUACCGGAAGAUCUACGGGCAGAAGUUCUAGCUUCCCAACAAGCCCAGUCUGUUCAGGCUCCGAAUUUUGUACCCCCAUCUGCAGAAGAUAUUGACCCCGAGUUUUUAGCUGCCCUCCCUCCUGAUAUCCAAGCAGAAGUUUUAGCACAGCAACGAGCACGAAGGUUACAAACUCAGCAAGCUGAUGGACAACCAGUUGACAUGGACAAUGCUUCUAUAAUUGCUACUUUCCCUGCUGAUUUGCGUGAGGAGGUUCUUUUGACUUCUUCUGAAGCAGUUUUGUCUGCACUACCUUCUCCAUUACUUGCUGAAGCCCAAAUGCUCCGAGAUAGAGCUAUGAGCCAUUAUCAGGCUCUUAGUCUUUUUGGAAGCAGCCACAGGCUUAAUGGUAGGAGAAAUAGUCUGGCUUUUGAUAGGCAGACAGUUAUGGAUAGGGGAGUUGGAGUUACAAUAGGUCGAAGGGCAGUUUCUGCCAUUGCAGACAGCUUGAAGGUUAAGGAAGUUGAAGGUGCGCCUCUUUUAGAUGCCACUGCUUUGAAAGCAUUGAUUCGGCUCCUAAGAUUAGCACAGCCUCUUGGUAAAGGUCUUCUCCAGAGGCUCUUGUUGAACUUAUGUGCACAUAGUGUGACACGGGCAAGUCUACUUUGCCUUUUGCUUGAUAUGAUCAAACCUGAAGCUGAAGGUUUUAUUGGUGGAUCAACACCAACUACUACUCAGAGGCUCUAUGGUUGUCAGUGGAAUGUUGUUUAUGGUCGACCGCAGCUGUCAGAUGGUCUUCCACCACUUGUAUCACGUCGAAUUCUUGAGAUUUUGACAUAUCUGGCAACCAAUCAUACUGCUGUUGCAAAUAUCCUGUUCUAUUUUGAUCCUUCAUUGAUCCCUGAAUAUCCAAGUCCCACAGAUUCAGAAGCCAAGAAGGAGAAAGGUAAAGAGAAAAUAGUGGAAGGAACAGAUUCAUCGAACCUGCUGGAAACUUCUGAGAAAGGGGAUAUACCUCUUAUAUUGUUCCUGAAGCUCUUAAAUCAACCUCUGUUCUUACGCAGUAAUGCACAUCUUGAACAGGUCAUGGGCCUACUUCAAGUAGUUGUCUAUACUGCAGCAUCGAAGGUCCAGUGUCAGCCUCAUUCUGGACAGGUUACAACAAAUUCCCAGAGUGUACCUGUUGAUGAAGCCUCUGUUGAUAUGGAGAAAAGUGAACCUCUCUCUGAACCAGAUCCCAAUCAACGGUUGGAAAGAAGUACCAGUGCUGAGGUACCCACUUCUGACGGGAAGAAAACUUUCAGUCCAUAUGAUGUCUUCUUGCAGCUCCCAGAGUCUGAUUUGCAUAAUCUGUGUAGCCUUCUUGCUCAUGAGGGGCUAUCGGAUAAAGUCUACUUGCUUGCGGCUGAGGUACUGAAGAAGUUGGCCUUUGUAGCUCCACCACACCGGAAAUUCUUUACUUCAGAGUUAGCAGGUUUAGCUCAUGGUUUGAGUAGUUCAGCGGUUGCUGAACUUGUUACUCUAAGGAGUACACAGAUGCUGGGGUUGAGUGCUGGGUCGAUGGCCGGGGCUGCAAUCUUACGUGUGCUUCAAGCACUUAGCACACUCACUUCCCCUGUAAUUGAUGCUAACAAGUGUCAAGAAGAUGAUGGUGGACAGGAAGAACAGAGCAUCAUGUGGAAGCUAAAUGUCGUGCUUGAGCCGUUGUGGCAAGAAUUGAGCGAUUGUAUCAGCACAACAGAGACAAAACUAGGCCAGAGCUCCUCUUCUUUUCCAAUGGCAAAUACAAACACUGCAGACCAUGUUGGAGGCGCCUCUUCUCUUUCCCCUGCUCUUCCUCCUGGAACUGAGAGACUUUUGCCAUUUAUUGAAGCUUUUUUUGUUUUAUGUGAGAAGCUACAAGCAAAUCAUUCUGUCAUGCAGCAAGAUAUUGUCAAUGUUACUGCAAGAGAAGUGAAAGAAUCUGCUGGGAGUUCAUCAGUGCCGUCCACAAAAUGUGGUGUGGCUGCCCAGAGAUGGCCUGAUGGUGCAGUCACCUUUGCAAGGUUUGCUGAGAAGCACCGCCGCCUGUUGAAUGCAUUCAUCAGACAGAAUCCAGGGUUGCUGGAGAAAUCACUUUCUAUGAUCCUGAAAGCACCGAGGUUGAUCGAUUUUGAUAACAAGAGAGCAUAUUUUCGCUCAAGAAUCAGGCAGCAGCAUGAGCAACACCCUUCUGCACCUCUGCGCAUAAGUGUUCGACGGGCUUAUGUCCUGGAGGACUCCUAUAAUCAGUUGCGAAUGCGUCCAACUCAAGACCUCAAGGGACGAUUGACUGUUCAAUUUCAAGGUGAAGAAGGGAUUGAUGCCGGUGGUCUGACGAGAGAAUGGUAUCAAUUGCUUUCAAGGGUCAUAUUUGACAAAGGAGCUUUGCUUUUCACGACUGUGGGGAACAAUUCAACAUUUCAACCGAACCCCAAUUCUGUUUACCAAACUGAACAUCUUUCCUACUUCAAAUUUGUGGGCCGUGUGGUGGCUAAGGCACUCUUUGAUGGUCAACUUUUAGAUGUUUAUUUUACUCGCUCCUUCUACAAGCACAUCCUUGGUGUAAAGGUGACUUAUCAUGAUAUAGAAGCAGUUGAUCCGGAUUACUACAAGAACUUGAAAUGGAUGUUGGAGAAUGAUGUGAGUGAAAUACCGGACUUGACAUUUAGCAUGGAUGCUGACGAGGAGAAGCACAUACUUUAUGAGAAAACUGAGGUCACCGAUUAUGAGCUUAUUCCUGAAGGAAGGAAUAUCAGAGUAACAGAAGAAACAAAGCAUGAGUAUGUAGACCUUGUGGCUGAUCACAUUCUGACGAAUGCCAUCCGUCCUCAAAUUAAUUCCUUCCUAGAAGGUUUUAAUGAAUUGGUUCCACGAGAUCUUAUUGCAAUAUUUAAUGAUAAAGAACUUGAGCUUCUAAUCAGUGGACUUCCAGAAAUCGAUUUGGAUGAUUUGAAGGCCAAUACCGAGUAUACUGGUUAUACAGCGGCAUCUAGUGUUGUACAGUGGUUUUGGGAGGUCGUCAAAGCCUUCAACAAGGAGGAUAUGGCAAGGUUCUUGCAGUUUGUCACGGGAACAUCAAAGGUUCCUUUGGAGGGUUUUAAAGCACUGCAAGGUAUCUCUAGUCCUCAACGGUUUCAGAUCCACAAAGCAUAUGGUGCUCCAGAGAGGCUACCGUCAGCUCAUACCUGCUUCAAUCAGCUAGACCUUCCGGAGUAUUCCUCCAAGGAGCAACUUCAGGAACGUCUGCUCCUUGCGAUUCAUGAAGCUAGUGAAGGUUUUGGCUUUGGUUGAUGUAAGUCUCUCUAAGAUGAUCUUACUGUGAUGACACCAGCAACCUGUCUUCAAGUUGUUACGUACAGGUGGAAUUCAUCUUUGAAAGCUUUUGCCCAACACCUGGUGAUAAAGAUAGAGGGCAACUGAUUUGAGGCAAAGGAAUUUGAUAAUUAUUUAAUUAGUGGCUGGAACUCGGGGCCAGAUAACGCCCAGCGGAAUUCAAGAAAGAUAUCUAACCGUGAAAUCCACUGCUACAAGCUUCUGCACUUUCUAGAGUGCAUGAAGCUUUUGCUUCUGAUUGGAUGCAACGGCAACAGCAACAGCAGCAGCAACAGCAGCAGCAGUGCAGUAAAUUACAACAUUGGCUCAUCUCCAUUUCAAGCUAUUUGGGGGAGUUUUUAAUGAUUGGCAUGAAUCUGCCUCCUUUUGUUUAUAACUCAGUAGUUCUUUUUUGUUCUUUUGCUUUUUCAGUCCCUUACAGCCAAUUGGCUUCUGAUUGCCCUUGCACCUUGCCCAUGUGGUUUCCUUUUCCAGGUUACCCUUAUGUUUUUUUGAUGUUGGUAACUAGGGUUUGAACAUGGGGCAUCUGGAGAGACAAAUAAUUUGGCAUAUCUCUCUCUCUCUCUCUCUCUCUCUCUCUCUCUCUCUCUCUAUAUAUAUAUAUAUAUAUAUACAAUAAUUUUUUUUAAACGUUUGGAAAGUUGUAUAGAUGUAUCUCCCCUUCAAAUUUAAUUAUGUUUUGUAUAUGGAUCA